AUGGACAACAAAUCCAGGGGAACCGCCGAUACAAAACAUCAUGCUACCGAUACGGAUCGUCCACCAGAUAACGGAUCCGCAGGACUCCCCGAGCCUGGGUCCGUCAAAAGCAAAAUCGGGCUGUUUACCGCACAGAGUACGCAAAAUGCAUCGGACGGGGAGCGUGAUAAAUUUGCGACUUUCAGGCCGCGGCAACCCCAGCAGGCUGCUGCACAACUCGCUAUGCAGAAACCGCCGGUGCCAGUGAACAAACCUGUAACGUUGGCAAGAAUGAAUUCAACGCCAGAACUGAGGCAAAUAGAGUCUCAGGGAAGCGGCCAUAGAGCAGGGCCUGAUCUUCCAAUGUCGAAGCCUGUUCGCAACAUGACGGCAGGCGCCGACACAGUUGAACAACGCCUUCAAGGCAACAGGGAACUACCGGUCAGAAACCCACCAAUUCCCCAUCGAAACCCCGCAAUGCAGCCAGCUACUUCACCCAGACCCCCAGAUAUCGCUUCAGUGCCUGCUACAAAACCCCGUCCUACUCCACCUCUGCCUCGGAAAGGAGGUGCAAAACCGGUCCCGAAAAGCCCUAGUCCCAAUGAACGGAAGAUUCAUGGAGGACAACGGAGCUACGAACCGAUUUCAAAUUCCGACGUGGAUCUUACCGGUGAUGAUGAGGCCAGACCUAAGCUCCCCCCGCGGCCAGACGCUUCGCCUGUGACACAAAUUCCCCCAAGUGAUCAUCGCGUUCUGCUGGAAGCGCACGAACAUAGCAAGCGUCCUUUGACUCCUAGCUCUCCAUUGUUGGACAGGUCUUUACAAAACAACGGUAGAAGCCCUGGCCUCAUCGACCAACCCCCUGGUCUAGACGAGGAAGCAAUGUCGGACGCGAUAGUUGCAUCAUCACUGGCCUCAAGAAAAGCGCCAUCCGCAAAAAGAGUCCCUCCACCACCUCCACCACAACGGCAACUCAGGACCCAUUCGCUCCGGCACCCACACACAUCCAACAGCGACUCUCCACACAGCUCCAGUCCCGCGCCAAGCCCGCUGCACACUCUCCGACCGCCGACUAAGGUUGGUAAAGAGGAAAUCGACCAUCACAAGCACAGAAAUCACAUUAUACACAGACACCCACACAAACAUCACGAGGGCGAUCGAAAACGAUGGCAAAGCGAGGUAACCGAGAAGGAGAGGAAGAGGUACGAGGGCGUUUGGGCUGCAAACAAGGGACUGCUGAUACCUAUCAGCGAAACAAAAGAACGAUCUUCACAUGAGGAAACCUCCAGCGAAGGUUAUCCUCCAAGUGCUUCCGAGAUGGUCCUGAACAUUGUUGCUCGCGACAUAUGGUCCCGAAGCCGCUUGCCAUCAAGCAUUCUAGAGCAGAUCUGGAAUCUUGUUGAUCGGCAGAAGAUUGGACUAUUGACGAGAGAAGAGUUCGUCGUCGGCAUGUGGUUGAUAGACCAACAGCUCAAGGGCCACAAGCUUCCAGUGAAGGUGCCGGACAGUGUCUGGGACAGCGUGAGAGGCGUACCGGGCAUCAGAAUACCCAAGGUCCCUUCCCGAUAA